AUGUGAUUUAAACUAAUGUGUCUAUUACUACACUUUCCACCUACAGUACAGGAGGAGGUUACAGAUGAGUCCAAGCCUAAACCAAAGUUUGUGCCAAACAUCCAGGCACCAAAAAUCCCAGAUGGUGAUAAAGUGGACUUUGACGACAUACACAGGAAGCGCCAGGAGAAGGACCUGUCUGAACUGCAGUGUCUGAUCGAGGCCCACUUCCUUCAGAGGAAGAAGGAAGAAGAAGAGCUCAUUUCCCUCGUCAACAGAAUCGAGAAACGUCGUGCGGAGAGAGCAGAGCAGCAGAGGGUCCGUGCAGAGAGAGAGAAGGAGAGGCAGGCCAGGCUCGCAGAAGAGAAAGAGAGGAAGGAGCAAGAGGAACAUCGCAAGAAACAUGAUGACGAUGCCAAGAAGAAGAAGGCUCUUACUAACAUGACUCACCAGUAUGGAGGCAUUCAACAGAAGAGUGAGAACCGGAAGGGAGCCAAGAAACAGACAGAGCGGGAGAAGAAGAAGAAGCUCUUGGCUGAACGCAGGAAACCUCUCAACAUCGAUCAUCUCAACGAGGACAAACUGAAGGAGAAGGCUAGUGAGAUGUGGCAGUGGAUGAUGGAGCUGGAAGCGGAGAAGUUCGACCUUAGCGAGAAACUCAAAAGACAGAAGUAUGAUAUUACUAUGCUUCAGACCAGAGUCAGUGAUCAACAGCAGAAGACUGCCAAGGGUCGCGGAAAGGGCAAGAUGGGAGGGCGGCUGAGGUAAACGAGCUGCCGACUGGGCCGAAGUUGAACCCCGGGAUCGGUCUGCGUAUCUUGUGUGUUUCUAUCUGUUCUGUUCUGUAUGACCAUCUGUCAGACAUAACUGUAUCCAUCUCUGUACCAAAGUAUCAAUAAAUUAAUCACAACAUC